AUGGGUGUACGAGGAUUAACAACCUACUUACAAAGUGAUCCACGAAAUUUUAUUGAAUAUCAAUUACAUAAUACAACUGUGAUUAUUGAUGGAUUGAAUUUUUUAAAUUUUCUCUAUUUUGAUUCUGGAUUAUAUACACAAUUUAAUGGAGAAUAUUUAGCAUUCAGUGGAGUAAUUCAUCGUUUUAUCAAUAUAUUAAAACGGUGUAAUAUAAACCCUAUUUUUGUUCUAGAUGGGUGUCAUGAUCAUUUCAAAUUGAAUACACAAAUGAAAAGAAAUUAUCAACGUAUGCAAACAUGUCGUCAAUUAUUAAAUUCUAUUAAACAUAAUCAAUUAUCAUCAACUCAUUCAUUAUAUAAUGUUCAAUUACUUCCACCAUUAACCAUUAUAACAUUUAUUCAAAUAUUAAAUCAAUUAAAUAUUCAUUAUAUUACAUGUGAUAGUGAAGCUGAUCAAAAUGUUAUGAAUUUAGGCAUAUAUUUGAAAUGUCCAAUUAUAAGUAAUGAUUCCGAUUUUUAUAUCACUAUCCCUAAUCAUAAUCAUAAUGAUCCAAUGAAUAAUGAUAAUGAUGGUGUCUCAUUUCUACCUUUAUCAUUAAUAUCCUUUAAACCAAUAAUCAAUAUAAUCCGAUGUUAUUCUUGUCAAAAAUAUAAUCAAUUAUGUAUGUAUAUAAAAUGUCAAAAAUUUUUAAUUAAUGGACCAGGUUUAAAAAAUUUAUCAAUUUAUCAACGUUCAUUAUUAGCUAGUUUAUUAGGGAAUGAUUAUAUUUCAUCCAAUCAAUUUAUUAAUAAAUUACCUAUAUCAUUUAAUGGUAAAACAAUCUUAUUACAUCAUCAUCAUAAUGCGAAUAAACAAAUGAAAUUAAAACGUCGUAAAUUAAUUAUAUUACAAUUAAUUAAUUGGUUAUUACAAUUUAAUGAUAAUAAUACUACUGAUAAUCUUGAUAAACCAAUUCAAUGUUUAUUAAAUAAAUAUCCUAAAUUAGAACGGAAUCAAUUAUAUCAUCAAUUAAUGUAUAGUAUUCAUACUUAUCAUAUUCAUUCAAAUUUAUUCUAUUUACAUUUUAAUAAGGAUUUGAAAUUAUUUCAAAAGAUUCCUACAUUUAUGAAUAAAAAGAAUAUAAAAUCUGAGAUUGAUUGUAGUAUUGGCAACAAUAGUAGUAAUAGUAGUAGUAGUAGUAGUAGUAGUAGUCGUUGUAGUAACACAAUGAUGAAAUCUGUUACAAUGCAACAACAAUUGUCACCAUUGAAUCCAUCAUGUUCUUCUGAAUAUGAUAGUGAAAUUGAUGAGAAUCAAAUAUUAACUAUUAAAGAAGAAGGAGGAGGAGGAGAAAAAGGAGAAGAAGAAGAAAAUGAUGAUCAUUCUGAAGAUGAUAGUCGUAAUACAAUGAUGAAAUCUGUCACAAUUCAACAACAAUCAUCACCAUUGAAUGUAUCAUGUUCUUCUGAAUAUGAUAAAGAAAUUGAUGAAAAUCAAAUAUUAACUACUAAAGAAGAAGAAGAAGAUGAUGAUGAUGAUGCUGAAGAUGAUAGUCGUAAUACAAUAAUGAAAUCUGUCAGAAUUCAACAACAAUUAUCACCAUUAAAUUCAUUAUGUUCUUCUGAAUAUGAUAAAGAAAUUCAUGAAAAUCAAAUAUUAACUAUUAAAGAAGAAGGAGGAGGAGGAGAAAAAGGAGAAGAAGAAGAAAAUGAUGAUCAUUCUGAAGAUGAUAGUCGUAAUACAAUGAUGAAAUCUGUCACAAUUCAACAACAAUCAUCACCAUUGAAUGUAUCAUGUUCUUCUGAAUAUGAUAAAGAAAUUGAUGAAAAUCAAAUAUUAACUACUAAAGAAGAAGAAGAAGAUGAUGAUGAUGAUGCUGAAGAUGAUAGUCGUAAUACAAUGAUGAAAUCUGUCACAAUUCAACAACAAUUAUCACCAUUGAAUUCAUCAUGUUCUUCUGAAUAUGAUAAAGAAAUUGAUGAAAAUCAAAUAUUAACUAUUAAAGAAGAACAAACUGAUGAUCAUCAUAAUGACCAUAGUAACAAUAAUGAUGAUAAUGCUGAUGCUGAAGAAAAAGACGAUGGUGGUGGUGGUGGUGUUAAUGAACUGAAUGAAUAUCAUACUAAUGAAUCUAUUCAUAAUAAUAAUAAUAAUAAUAAUAAUAAUAAUAAUAAUAAUCAUAAUUCAUAUAAAAUAACAACAUAUUGGCCUGCUGAAUUAUUAAAUUCAUUUAGAAAAUAUUUAAUUUUACCAAUAUUUUUAGAUAGUAUCUUAUCCUAUGGUACAAUAUGUCUAUGUUGUAUUGAAUCAUUAUAUCAUUAUUCAUCCAUUUAUUCUAAUACAAUAUAUCUUCGUACAUUAAUUUAUAAUUUAUUAUUAGGCAUUGAAUCCAAUUAUACAUUACGUUAUCCAAAUCAAUUAAUUGGUUUAAAUCAAUUAAAUAAUAAUAAUAAUAAUCCUUUGUAUUAUAUUAUAGAAUAUGAUCGUAAAAAUGCAUUUCAUAUCAAAAAACGUAAAAUAUUCGUUGAACCAAUACACUUAUUAUCAUUAUGUAAUACUCCUCCUCCUACUCCUCCUCCUCCUCCUCCUCCUACUACUCUUACUAAUAAUAAUGAUAAUAAUAAUAGCAAUAAUAAUGAACUAAAUAUAAAAAGAGAUCCGCGUUUAAUAUUUCUUCAACAAUAUUUAAAUCUGGAUUAUGAUUUUAUGGAAUCACAUAAUGAUUGGUUAAUGUCUAUUGUAUUAAUUAAUGUAUUGAAUUAUAAAAGUCAAUCUAUACCACUUUAUACUACUACUAAUACAACUACUACUGAUACUACAACUACUACUAAUACUACUAGUAACAUUGAUGAUAUCACUCAAUGUCCUAUCUCAUUGACAUUUGGUGCUCUAUGUAUAUGUACAUAUUUAUUAACCAUACAUUCUAAUCAUCAUUUAUCAUCCUAUAAAUUAUUAAAUAAACAUUAUUAUAAAUGUGCAAAUUAUUUUCUAAAACAUAUAAAAUCUUUGAUAAAUAAUAAAAAAAUUAUUAAUAAAAAACAAUUAAACAAAUUACAUAUUCAUUAUGUACAUAGAUAUGGUCAAUUACAAAUGAUUUAUAUAACAUUAUAUACAUUAAUUCAUUUAUUAGAUACCAUAGUAACAAUUAAUCAAAAAAAUCAAUUAAAAACUUGUUUAAAUUUUUUAUCGAUUUAUUUUAUGUUUCCAAGUGGUUAUCUUUUUCAUAAUAUAUGUCAUUGUAUUAGUUUCAUUCCAUCCAAUGGUAAUGGUAAUAAUAAUAAUAAUAAUGGACGUUAUCAUUAUGUACGUAAUGUAAUUAUCAAAGAAUUAUUAAAUUAUAAUCAUCAUACUAAUCAAUAUUUAAAUGAUGCAUUUAAUUUAUUUGAUCAAUAUUUACACAUGUCUAAUAGUAAUCUAUUCAAGAAUGUAUUGAAUAAAUCUUUGAAAAAAUUCAAUUUUAUAAAUCAUUCAAAAUCAUUACAAGCUGAUAAUGUAAUCAAACAAGAUUUAUUGCCCAUAGCAACAACAACAACACUAUCACCACCACCACCACCACCAGCAACAACAACAACAAAUAAACCAAUUCAAAUGAAAAUGAAAAAAAUAAAGAAAAAAUAUAAAUCAUCAAAAAAUAAUAAUAAUAAUAAACAAUGUAAACAAUUAUCCUAUGCUGAAAUAGAAGAGAAAGUUAGAAAAUUAAUGUUAGAAAAUGGUUUAUUAGAUUAAAGAUAAAAAGUAAGGAGAGAUUUUUAUCAUCUGUGUAUUGUAAAUAGUAUUUUUUUUUUACAAAAAAAUAAAAAAAUACAUGGUAUUUAUUAAAGAAUUCUUUCAGUGUACUGUUCUAUAUUAAUGAAGUCGAUAUUAGAUGUUUGUUUAGUUUAAGAUAAUGAAUGAUACAAACAAGGACUUACUUAUUUACUUAGGCCUCUUACUCCCAAUAGUGCUCCCAAAUGCCUUGGUACGGCCAAGAGUAGGGAGAGUCCUCUCUCCCUCUCGAAAUACUCUCACAUGACCAUGCGUAUAUCGCCUCUGUCAGGGAAGUCCUACUCA